AUUUCUUAAUGGGAUUAAUAGUUGAGUCCUUAGUGAGAAAAUGCCAAGUUGAGUACCUCAGCUCAUGUUUUGGUCUUUUGUCCAAAAACUUGUUACUUUAAAUGUGUUGAUAAAUUUCACAAUCCAAGGUAAAGAGGUAGCCUUUGUCUUCAUCUUUUUCUCUUGCAUAACUUAAUAGAAACACCCAAGAACUUUGUUUUCUUCUACAAAACUCAUUUCCAUGGCAAAAGCAGCCAAACCCAUCCAUGAACACCUCUACGACCGAGCAAAAGAGGUCGAAGAAUUCGAUGAAACAAAGGCCGGAGUUAAAGGGCUCACAGACUCUGGUCUAUUGACCAUACCACGAAUCUUCAUUCACCCACCAGAAAACAUUUCAUCAAAUUCUGAUGUAUCCCAUUUGGUUGAGUUUCCGGUGAUAGACUUUGGUGAUGAUGGAUACAGGGAGAAUUCAGAGAUAUUGGAAGAAAUACGCGAGGCUGCUCAAACAUGGGGCUUUUUCCAGCUCAUUAACCAUGGGAUCUCAUCAGAAGUCAUGGCGGAAUUGUUGAAAGGCAUUCGGAGGUUCCAUGAACAGCCCACAUGCGAGAAAACAAGGUUCUACGGGCGCGAUGUCAAGCACAAGGUGAAGUACUACAGCAAUGGAAAUCUUUUGGAAUCAAGAGUUGCUAAUUGGAGGGAUUCAAUAAGCUGUGACUACCAGAAUGGUGAUCUGAACCCUGAAGAAGUGCCUCUUGUUUGCAGGGAAGCAAUAACCAAGUACAUGGAAAACAUAUUAAGACUCAAGAAAAAGCUCUCUGAAAUACUUUCAGCGGCUUUAGGACUUCAAAAGGACUACUUGGCCAAGAUUGAAUGUAUGGAAACUGCAAACUUGGUAUGCCACUACUAUCCUGCAUGCCCAGAACCACACCUAACCUUAGGUGCAACAAAGCAUUGCGAUCCAUCUUUCAUGACAAUUCUCCUGCAAGACAACACUGGUGGCCUCCAAGUCCUCCAUCGAGAGCAAUGGAUUGACAUUCAACCUAGGCCAGGAGCUUUAAUAGUCCAUCUUGGAGACUUAAUGCAGCUGAUCACAAAUGCCAAGUUCAGAAGUGUUGAACACAGAGUACGUCUAAGGAAAAACUGUCCAAGGGCAUCAGCUGCGUGUUUCUUCUAUCCAAGCACCAAGAAGAAAAAUGAGAUAUACCGACCAAUAGAGGAGUUUCUCUCAGACAUCAACCCACCCUUGUACAGGGGAACAAGUUCCACCGAAUAUCUAGCCUAUUAUAGGACCAACGGGCUUGAUGGGCAGCCAGCUCUUCCUCAUUUUGAACUGAGAUGAACUCACAAAUCUUACAGCAGUCCCAGUAAUGUCCUAGUUCCUUUGUUUCUCUUGUUAUGGUUACACAUCAAAUAAUGGUAGAUUCCAAAU